AUGGCGAUAAAGGGGGAUGGGCUAUGGACCGUUGCGGUGAUGUGGUCGCUGACGGCUGUUACCUUUGUUUUUGUCGUGUUGCGAAUCUACACUCGAGUCGGUGUCGUCAAGUCGUUUGGCAUUGACGACCAUGUGUACAACUUGGCCUUCGUAUUCCUCACCUUCUACACGAUUUUCAUCAAUGUCGCCGCCACCUAUGGCUUCGGGCAGAACCAGGACGAUAUCCUAGACCUCGACGACUUAUCCCAUGCGAUUCUCUUCGAAGCCACUGGCCAAACCUUUGCUGUCAUCGGCAUGGCUGUCGCAAAGUGGUCGCUUGGCCUCUUUUUGCUGCGCCUUGUGAAGGCUAGGUGGCACAGGAUUGCUAUCUGGAUAUCCAUGGCUUGUCUGAUGGGGGCAUCUGUCUCAACUUGCUUCGUCUUCUGGUUGCAAUGUACACCACCGAAAUUUCUGUGGGAUCGUCGUAUCCCUGGGGGAUUCUGCCACAUUGAUUCAACACCGGUCUCGAUGUUGCUUUGCAUUCUAUGCGUAAUUGUCGACUUUUUCUAUGCUGCCUUCCCCUGGCUCUUCAUAUGGAGUUUGCAGAUGAACAUCAGAGAAAAGAUAGUUAUUCUUGCCAGUCUCAGUCUUGGAGUUAUUGCCGGAGCUUGUGGUAUCAAGCGAACAAUUGAAGUCCCGGCUCUUUCAAGUCCCAACUACCUCAAGGACACCGUCGGCCUCAUCGUGUGGUCAGCUGCAGAGAUCGCUGUCACAAUGAUCUGUAUCGGUAUACCCGUCUGUCGCCCCUUGUACAAGCGCUACCUUGAUAAGUGGACAUCUCGCGAUGCCAGCAAAUAUCAGGAGCAGAUUGAGGGAGGCGGAUCCUAUCCGUUGCGCACUUUCGGUGGAAGCACGCUGCGACCCGGCCAAGCGAACAAGGAUGACGAUACUUUGGACGACAGAGACUCGAUCACAAAGGAAGAACGAAAGUUGGGAAUAGGCGGCCCGUUCACGAAGUCAUAUGCAGUGGGAGGCGGCCGGAUACGCGGUGACAAUCAGAGUGACGAGGAGAUCCUUGUGCCCAAUUUCAGACGAAGCCAACAGAGAGCCGCUGAGAUUGAUGCCAAGCAGAUGGGUAUGGGAAUUAGAGUGACUGAAGAGUAUAAAGUUACCUCCUCUUGA